UGUGGAAACAAAUUUUCCUCUUCCUUAUGCAACGCCGAUUUAAAAGUAAAUGGUGGACGGAUAGAAAUAUUAAAGAAAUAUCGACUUCGUUGCCUAAAGUGCAAUGAAAAUGCUACGUUUGAUCAAGAAGAAUCGUUAAAUAAAUUUCUGGAACAAAGGUUUAAGCAGAAACUAAUUUAUAAGGUUUAUAAGAAGAAAUUUGAGGAGUAUGAUGAAUACGAGAAAGAUAGUGCGAGAGAAUUAAAGGGCCAUCGACAAGAACUCUGCGAAAAAUGUCGAUUACAUGGCAAACAUUGCGGCGAAUUAUAG